AUGGCCGGCGCUCCACAGGGUAUGCCUGACUUAUCCAAUGCGAUUGUAGCACAAGAUGAAAUGGGAAGACCUUUUAUCAUUGUGCGAGAUCAAGGCAAGAAACAGAGAAAACAUGGUGUUGAGGCAACGAAAUCACACAUUUUGGCAGCAAGAUCAGUUGCCAGUAUUGUCAAAACUUCAUUGGGUCCACGUGGACUCGAUAAAAUCUUGAUUAGUCCAGACGGAGAUAUCACAAUCACUAAUGAUGGUGCAACAAUCUUGUCCCAAAUGGAUUUGGAAAACCAAAUUGCCAAAUUACUAGUUGAAUUAUCAAAAUCACAAGACGAUGAGAUUGGUGAUGGAACUACUGGUGUUGUUGUAUUGGCAAGUGCAUUGUUGGAUCAGGCUUUAGAGCUCAUAGACAAAGGAAUCCAUCCGAUCAAGAUUGCCAAUGGAUUCGAUGAGGCUUGUAAAGUUGCUGUUGAGCAGCUUGAAAAAGUUGCCGAUGAAAUGACCAUUGACGACAAACUGACUCUUUUAAAAGCCGCCAAGACUUCACUAGGUUCAAAGAUUGUUUCCAAAGCCCACGACCACUUUGCCCAAAUGGCGGUUGAUGCUGUGACUGAAGUUGCAGAUUUCAAGAGAAAAGAUGUCGAUUUCGAAUUAAUCAAGAUGGAAAAGAAAGUAGGAGGAUCCAUCGAAGACUCCAAACUUAUUAAUGGUGUUUUAUUGGAAAAAGACUGGAGUCAUCCUCAAAUGCCCAAGGAAGUUAGAGAUUGUAAAAUUGCCAUUUUGACGUGUCCCUUUGAACCACCAAAGCCCAAGACAAAACACAAGUUGGAUAUUUCAAAUGUAGAAGAGUUUAAGCUUUUGCAAGAGUACGAGCAAAAGAAGUUUCAAGAGAUGAUUGAUCAUGUGAAGGCAUCGGGAGCUAAUGUUGUUGCUUGUCAAUGGGGUUUUGACGAUGAAGCAAAUCACUUACUUUUAGCAAAUGGUCUCAAUGCUAUAAGAUGGAUUGGUGGACUGGAGUUGGAAUUGUUGGCCAUCGCCACCAAUGGAAGAAUUGUACCAAGAUUCGAAGAUUUGAGCGCUGAUAAACUAGGCAAGGCCGGUGUCAUUAAAGAGCUCGAGUUUGGUACAACAAAGGACCGUAUGUUGGUAAUUGAAGAAUGUUCAAACACCAAGGCAGUAACGUGUUUUAUUAGAGGUUCGAAUGAGAUGAUUGUUGCUGAAGGUGUUAGAGCUUUACAUGAUUCCCUAUGCGUGGUUCGUAACUUGAUCAGAGAUAACCGUGUUGUUUAUGGAGGAGGUGCAGCAGAAUUGACAUGUUCCUUGGCAGUAUCGGAUGCCGCAGAUAGACAAGUUGGGAUUGACCAAUAUGCUUUUAGAGCAUUUGCAGCAGCAUUGGAUACCAUCCCAUUGACCUUGGCAGAAAAUUCCGGUUUAGAUCCAAUUGAGACACUUAGUAGUCUAAAGGCAAAACAAGUCCGGGAACAAAACUCGCAUUUAGGAGUUGAUUGUUUGGGUAAAGGUACCAAUGAUAUGAAGAGUUUGUUUGUAAUAGACCCCUUGAUUGGAAAGAAACAGCAGUUGUAUUUGGCCACGCAGUUGACAAGGAUGAUCUUGAAGAUUAAUGAUGUUAUUAUUAGUGGUGCAGAUGAUUAUUAA